UAAAAAUGAGAAUCCCAUCAGCAUCAUCAAGAACCAAAGUUGUAACACCAUGUUGUACAAAAAUAGGGUUAAAAAGAGGUCCAUGGACACCAGAAGAAGACGAAUUACUGAUGAAUUAUGUCAGUAAAGAAGGGGAAGGGCGGUGGCGUACGCUCCCAAAGAAGGCGGGACUCUUCCGUUGUGGGAAGAGUUGUCGCCUCCGAUGGAUGAACUACCUCCGUCCUUCCGUUAAACGCGGACAUAUCUCGCCAGAUGAGGAAGAUCUCAUCGUUCGCCUCCAUCGCCUCUUAGGGAACAGGUGGUCAUUAAUAGCGGGGAGAAUUCCAGGGAGAACAGAUAACGAGAUAAAGAAUUAUUGGAAUACUCACCUUAGCAAGAAAUUAAUCAGCCAAGGAAUAGAUCCAAGAACACACAAACCAUUAAUAUUAAACCCUAAUUCCUCUAGUGAUGAUAAUCAUAUUAUUACAAAGAAAGCUUAUUCUUCUUCUCCUUCUUCAUCCUCAAAACUAGCAAAUAAUUAUGAUCUCAACACAAUUAUUCCAAACCCCAUUUACAUUCCAAAUUUCCAAAUGAAAGAACCCUUACGAAGUAGCAUCAACAAUUAUAACUGCCCUGGAGAAAUUACGAGUCCUGAUGAUUAUCAGUAUCAAAGCAGUAACGUGAUGCUCGCCAAUUAUCAUGAUGAUAAUAUGAAUAUUCUGGUUCAUGAUGAGAGAGAUGAUGAAAUGAAUUGUUGCGCGGAUGGUGUCUUCUCCUCCUUUUUGAAUUCUUUGAUCAAUGAAGACAUGUUCAAUUGCCAAAAUCAACAUAUCAAUGGUACAUUGCAAGAUUUUGAUCCUUUCAUGGCUUCAUCUACACCUUUAUCUGAUCAAAUUAAUCCCAAGAGAAUGGAUGAAUAA